GCCUGGGGUCCUAAGCGUGCCUCAAAGCCAAGAGUCUCUAUUCACGGUUCCGCUUGGGUUGGCUUCUGAAUGCCCGACGUUGAAACCUUUGAUGUUGAAUACUUAACCUUAGGAUUGAGUCAUUCAACAGUUGUCGAUAACUUGUUCUGAAUCUUAGUUUCAUUGUUACCGUUCAACUGAGAAAAUGGCUUUCGACGACAGCAUCACGGCCUUACUAGAGACGUACUCCAACUGCGCAACCCUCCUGAAAGCCUACAAGCACGAUGCCAACGGAGAAGAUGGAAACGUCAAGGUGGACGCGCAGAAUAAGCAUCUGCGCAAAUCCUUAAAAGCCGAUCGUGCAAUGGUGGAGCGUGCCUAUUCUAUCAGGUUAGCCGAGUUGGGCAACCGCUUGAAGAGGGGUGAUGCCCGUUCCAUAUCUGCGGUAGAUGGGAUACUCAAGAGACUUAAAGCAGCAAUUUCCAGUUUGCUACGUGCCUCAAGCAACAAGCAAACCCCGGCUCUAAAUUACGACGCACUCAGGUCCCUUUCAAACUCGUCAAGAAACGAGGCCAUCAAGACCAUUGACAACCUAGCCCGUCGCUUGGGAGGUUCUCGCACGAGCAGGUCGGUGGUGUCCAUGUCAUCGAAACCUACACGCGCCUCUUCGCCUUCAUCUCGAGCUCGACGGCAACAUCCUCCUCUGUCCAAGUCGGCUUCCUCUUUACCGAAAAAAAGUCACUCCGACAACCCGACUGCAAGCUCAAUCUCUGACUCUACCUCUAGCCGACAGAGGAGGAAACCAUCGCAGGCUGAGGAGGAAGCGCGAGUGAGCAAACAGAAGUCGAGUCCCAAGGACAGUAUACCAGCAGAAGUCAGCAACCCAGCCGCAAGCGCCAUUUCUUCCUCCGGUCGAAAUAAGAAGAAAUCACCACAGAAUAAUGAUCAGACAAGAGCGAGCAAAGAAAGACUUGAUUCAAAAAUCAAGGAAAGCACUACGGCGUCCGAAAUGGGCGAUCCCACUGCGAGCUCAGUGUCUGCCGCUCAUCAACACAAGAGAAAGUCCCCACGAGCUGAGGAGGUAAUAAAAGUGAGGAAAGAAAGGACGAUUCCGAAACAGCAGUCUCAAGGCACCGUAGCCGGACCACCACCACCGCCGCCGCCGCCUCCUCCUCCUCCUCCUCCACCACCACCACCACCAGGAGAACACGUAGUGCAAAUUCGAUCACAUCCACGGCACAGCCAGUUUGGGGCGGCGAUGCGCAAUCGGAUGUCCUUCAUGUCCUUUGCUUCUGGGAGCACAAGACUUGGAGAGAUGUCUGACCGGAAAUGGCUGGCUCAACAUACCAUACCCGAGGCCAACUCGGAUGAAUACGACGUUCCUGUCCUCUACCCGUUGAGACCGUAUAAAACUGAAAUCAAAGAAAAGAAGUUCUUGGGUCUCUUUGGCCGAAGAAGGCAACGACAUCACGAUGAUGAUUGAAAGGGCAUGGCUGGCUAGCGCUUGCUUUCCUGGGUGCUUGGGCCGUGGCUCCCUGCCAUUGAACCUGUACUUGCUUGCGUGUCGAGGCGGGAGUACAGUAGAGGUAGGUGGAUGUGACCAGAUUGGAGGUUGAGGCAAGGACUUGUCCAAAGAUGAAGUUUCCGCUUCCUAUGGAAAUGGAAAUUUGGACAAGAGUGACACUGGAUCUUGUGGGUAUGAAGAAGGUACAUGGUGGUGAUCGUUGUGAUUGAGGCGCGAGCCAUUCCGAAGUUACCCUUCCAUUACUGUACAAUGACCGCCGAGGAAAUAUCCUCCAUGUUUGGCCCUUGUUGCCUGCCUGCCUGCCUGCCUGCCUGCCUGCCUGCCUAGGUACAUAGGUACCUACACAUCAACCGAUAUUACCAUCUUCUACUUCUUUGUUUAGGCAUCGCUGUUGUGAAUGAGGGCUUGCU